CUCCCGAAAUUUCUUUGAAAAUGAAGUUUUUUGUCGAAAUUUAAGCGUUGAACGUGUUUUUAAUUGAAUUUUUGGAUAAACAAAAUAUCAUUUAACAUCAAAUCAUCCAUUGGGUUUUGUUGAAAAGCCACAUACAAAGUUAAUUGUCGUGCAGAUUGUCCACGUAAUCCAAGAAAAAAAUCAUUCAUGACGACUCAAUUUGCAACAAUGAAUUGGUUCGACACAAAAGCUAUAUCUAGUCUACUUAAAGAGGCACAAAAGCAAAUUGACAAAGCAUUAGACAUCAAAGAUGACGAAGAAGAGGCAUCUUCAUCAUCGUCAUCCGCAAAAGCGAGUCCCAAAGUGCCUGCGAAAGGCCUCUUGAUGGAUGAUUCGACCGCUGGAGCAAAUUGGAAUGAAAAACAAACGCCAGAUACGCCAAUUACUGUGUCUCCAACUGUUCAAUCAACCAUUCCAAUCUCGAAUGAUAGUUCCGAAUCGUUGGAAAUGUUAACUCCGAGCUCAGAAUUGAUUUCUCCGCAAAGCAGUUCGUCACAUACGUUGCAUGGAGCAUCAGAUUCUGUCGAACUCGUGAGUGCUUAUGAUACUUCAAAAGGCAUUUCUCAAAUCGAUAGCUUAAUUAAUACGCCAACAACUCCCGAAAGUAUUGAACUUGUGACAGACAACACAGAUAGUGCAAUAGAAUCGAUUUCUCCAAUAGAUGAUCCGUCGACAAUCGAUACUGAACUUCCUGUAACUGUGAAACAAGGAAAUUUGCCAAUUACAACACCUCCUUCGCGUUCAGGAUUACGUUUGAAUAUCGCUUCUGUGGAUGAAACUGACGAACUACCAAAGCAGCAAAAUAUUCGUGUGAUGAACGAGUCAAAUGAUUCGGACAAGACAAUUGUUUCAACGACCGAUGUUUCAAUGGAUAUGUGCGAUAUUCGAACAACGAGCGGAUCGACAACGAGUUUCGAGGAAAUUUGUCCCGCGAUUCGAACUUAUCAUCAAAUCGAGUUGACUGAUUCGAGUGCGGGCGCAUCUCGUGAUGUCUCAAAUUCACGAAAUUCAUCGAAACAUAACGGAGAUUCAGCAGAUGAAGUUGAAACAGGCACGUCAUCUGAUAUUGAAGUUAUUUCAAGUCCAAGCACGAAUUGCUCCGCAUAUCGCGAAAGUCCCAUGAAACAAGGCGCUUCGGAUAAAACAAGCGAUAGCAUGGUUAUUAUCAAGAAAGGACAUUUCCGCGAACCAUCUGAUCUGAGUAUUCAAAGCACAACGAGUGAAGAUUCGCAUUUUAGCUCACAAUCGGAGACAGAAAAACUUUUGAAACGCAUUAACGAACUAAGUGAGUUGCUUGAACAACGAGAAAAUAAAAUGCUUGAGAUGGGUCGUCGUAAUUCUGAAUUAGUUGAAGCGAAUGCUGAUAUGCAAGCAAGAUUAGAUGCUCGUUUAAAUGAUCCGCUGGAAUUGACGAACGUCACGGAAGAGUAUACGCAACGAUUGUCGGCGCUCGAGAAGAAAUUCCAACAAACGAUAAGAGAAAAAGAGGCUUUCCGCAAAGAAUUGGCAGCGAUGAAACAAGAAUUUGUGUCAAAAGUUAGUAAAGACGAGUUAGAACGCAUGAUUGGGGAGAAGGAUGGUCUAAUAAGUGAAUUGCGAAUGGAAGGAGAAAAACUUUCGAAACAAAUUUUGAAUUUGAAUAACAUCAUUAAGAAACUUCGAGCGAAAGAAAAGGAAAAUGAUGCACAAACGAAAUCGCAUAAGGAGCAAAUUAGUGGAUUAACAGAUGAAACAGAACGAUUGAAAAAGUCACUUUCAGCAAAAGAGAACGUUGAACGUUCUCAAAUUGAAGCCGUACACAAACUCUCUUCUGAAUGCAAGAAACUCGAAGAAGAAAAUUCCAAAAUUAAGUCUCAAAAUGAAGAUUUGACUCAAAAAUUUGAAACGCUAAAGGCAUCUUUUGACGCUGCGAAAAAAGAGCUUUUAGAUCUGAAGAAGGAAAAUAAGGAAAUGUCCCGAAAAAUAACUGAUUUCAAUGCCAUACAAUCCGAAAAACAAGAAGCGCAAUGCCAAAACCAACAAAUGAGCGACGUCAUCACGGAACUGAAACGCAAAUGGAAACAAUCUGAAGAGCAACAAGCGCAAGCGAUGAUUACUUUGCGUCAAGAGAACACAAAUCUCCUGCGACAACUCGAAGAAGCUGAAUUCCGAUUGCAAGAACAAACAGAAGCCUAUUCCGUAGCAACUGUUCCGCUCAUGAAACAAAUCGAAACACUUCGAGGCCAAUUGUCAAACAGGACAAUGCAACAUGAAAAACGCGAGCAAGAACUCUCUGUCAAAUUAGAAGAAGCAGAAAUGCAAAUCAAGCAACUUAGCAACAGCGAAACACAAUAUAAGGAAAAUGUGUUGAAUCUUAAAUCGCAAACUGUGACAUUAGAAACUCGUUUAGCGGAUGCCAUGCAUCAAGUAGAAGAGGCAAAUGUUCAAUUGCAGGCACAAAAAAUCGAAUUAGAACGAAAUUUGACUACACAUCGUUUGGAAAUGGAAAAAUCCGCAAGAAACGAAAAGGAAUUUGGCGAAAAAAUCAAAGAAUUGGAACGAAAAUUGGCAGAAACAGAGGAAAAGUUGAAGAAAAGACGACAACUUCACAUUCAAACAACCCUUCCGCAAGACGACGAGGAAGAAGAAGAUGAACGUACGUAUACGAAUGAACCGAGAUCUUCAAGUAAAACAAACAAUGACACAUUCAGUGAGAAGAGAUCGAGUUCGCCAACUCUCAGUUUGAGCAUUUCUAUGGCAGAUUCCUUUACAUGGCAGCCUGACGAUUUAGAUUGCAUUUCCCAAAGCGGAGGUCCAGGAGCAUUAAAUCCUUUGUAUGGAUCUUCAGUGCAUCAUCAAACUUCGUUGAUGGAAAAUCUUCAAGCAACAAUUCGUCAAAAAGACGGAGAAAUAUCUCAACUUCAGCGUGAAAUUAAACAACUCGUCACUGAACGUCAAUUUUUAUCUGAAGAAGUUGCCAAAUUAUCGCUUGAACUUGAAAAUAUAAAAGAGAACAUCAAAAACAACGAAGACGGUGAACGUCAACACGCAGAGCUCCAACAACAGUAUAACGCUCUUCUCCAAAUGUACGGCGAAAAAAUCGAAGAAACAGAAGAACUGAAACUCGAUUUAGUCGAAGUAAAGGAAAUGUACAAGUCACAGUUGGAAGAAUUACUUCAAGCACAAAAAAGUGCAUGAGACAAAAGUGCUAUCGUUGUCUUUUAAUCGCUUCUUAAAAUGGCUUUUUAUCCCAAAAUGGCAUUUUGCAUCCACAUUGAAUUAUUCCCGUUUCUAAAAAUGAUAAAAAAUAAAGUUUUUUAGUGAUAUUUAAAUGUUUAAGUGAAAAUCGUACGUAUUUUAUUAGAUAAAAAUAUAAGAAUCGCAUAAAGUGAAAUGAAUUUUUUGAAUGAGAACGAACGGGAAAAUAUUAAACUUUUAACAAUUCUUGUUCUGUUGAAUGAAGUUAUGUGUUAGAAAAGACGUAAAAAAGUAAGAAGACGCGUAAAAUUGUAUUACUUAUUAAAAUAAAAAUUACAUAAAAGUACUUACUUUUG